GUUGUGACAAGGUAGGGGUGAUAUACAGAAGAUAGCCCUAUUUGGUAGAAGACCAAGUUCAUAUUAUGGCGAGAACAGCUCAAAUAAGCAAAGAGAAACAACAGUCCAUUGUUACUUUAAUGUCAGUCAAUACUGAACAUUUCAAGAACUUUGAAAGUUUCUUCAAGUGCAGCCACAAAAACCAUCAAGCGCUAUGAUGAAACUGGCUCUCAUGAGGACCACCAGAGGAGAGGAAAACCCAAAGAUCCCCUGCAGCAGAGGUAAAAGUUCAUUAGAUGAGGCGCGAUUUCGCCUGGCAUAGAAAAUGUGCUCACUCGUCAGGAACAACACAUCUUCAAACUGAAGCUGGAAAGAAUGCAAUUUAGCGGCGUUUUGUUUAAAAAAAAUUCAAUUGAUUUUUUUGUUGCAUAAUAUCCAUACAAUUAUGCCAACUGAUUCAUGAUUUCGACUGGCUGAGAAACGCUGCCUGUCUGUCUCGUCCCGACACUAUGGGACAGUAUGAGAUCGAAUUUGAAUAUUGAAACAAUGUUGCAAAUGUCAGAGACAUACAGCAAGGUUUAUACAAAUCUCCGCUGUUGAAAACGUAAUGUUAUUCUAAAAGAAAUGUGAGAUAAUGUUAUUGUAAAAUACGUGAGAUAAUGUCUAGAUGCUUUUUAUAGUGGAGAUCAAGACCAAUGUGUCAUGUUAGACAAGUCAGAUUUGAAAAUUCCUAUGUGGGAAUUGUCUUUCUGGCCCGAGCGUCAGUUAGACUGCAGUACCGAAGCAAAACUGUCGGAGCAGUCGAAACUGUGCUUCUAGACCGGAACCCAGGCCCCUUCAUGUGCCACAGCACACCUGACACCGCUCUCGACAGGAGUGGAAACUAAAAAGAAGGGAGGGAAUUCUUAGCCAGCAGCAGUCGUUUGUAGUGUGUGCUGCUGACAAACUAACAUGUUGUCGGAAGGCAGCUCCUUCAUGAAGGGGAUGGCCCUGGGAGGCAUAUUCUGCCUGUUGUUGUCCCUGUUAGGGAGCUUCACACCAGGCAUGCAGUCUAGCCCAGAGGACCAGCACCAGCACCACCACCACCACAUCAAGGCUCCCACCAACGACGAGCUACAGAGCCUGUCCGAGCCCCAGAUGGUGGAGCUGAGCCAGAAGGUGCGAGUCUAUUGCGUCAUCAUGGUUCAGCCUAAGGUCCUAGUGUAUUGGGCCACAGCCAAGGACACCUGGGGUAAACACUGCGACCAGGCUGUAUUCUACAGCUCCGAGUCAGCCAAAGCUCUGGAAGCGGUGGAUCUUAACGAACAGGACGAGUGGGCCAAGUUGCACAAGGCCCUGACGCACGCGUACGACAAUUCCGGUGACCUGCGCUGGUUCUUUGUGGCGCGGCCUACCACCUUUGCCAUUAUUGAGAACCUCAAGUACCUCGUUCUGGCCAAAGACCCCAACGAGCCCUUUUACAUCGGCCACACCGUGAAAUCAGGCGAACUGGAGUACGUUGAGUACGAGAGCGGCAUCGUGCUGAGCUACGAGGCCCUCAGAAGGCUGGUGAACGUGUUCAAAGAUGCGGAGAAGUGUCCAGAGCGAGGCAGGUCCCUUUGGAAGCUAAGCGAGGAGAAACAGCUGGCUAUAUGUCUGAAGUACACUGGGGUCUUUGCAGAGAACGGUGAGGACACACAGGGCAAGGGGCUGUUCAACAGUAAGAGUGUGGGUUCACUCAUCGAAGACGGCAUGUCCAAAAACUCUUUGGAUGUGGUGGAGGGCUGUUGCUCUGACUUAGCCAUCACCUUUAGUGGAAUGUCACCAAACCAGAUGCAGGUCAUGAUGUUUGGGGUUUACAGACUACGCCCGUAUGGGCACAACUUCCAUGAUUCCUUGAUAUUCCUGCCCCCCGAGGGCUCUGACAAUGACUAAAGUGCAAGGCUUCCCCCUUUGGGCCAGACAUGGAAUUAAAGACUGCUGCUGUGUGAUGUCAAGUCGAACUGUUGAACUGUUUUCUUAUUCAGUUUGUAUACAUGAGUGAGGGUGGCAAAUCAUUAGUCUUUAGUCUUUUAUACCUUUUGAAAUUUGCACUCCGCACAAUACAAUUGUGGUUGUGAAGAAUGAAUGAAUGAACAGAUGUAGGCUAAUGCAGUGCUAUGAAGAAAUAUAUCUACUUCUUUCACACACUUUAUUUAUUUAUUUUCAUUGCUAUGUGUGGCUAAUAUGGUUUAAUUAGGCUAAUACAAGGCCACACAGAGUGAACAUUUGGUGAAAUUGAUCAAGUAUUGAGAUGACUGUAAAAGUCUGUAAACAAAUAGUUUGCUACACAUGAUUGUUGUCAUUGUAAUGAAAUUAAUGUUGCUGGAUUUGUUUUUUUGUUUAUUUUGUAACUAUUUUACCCACUUGGAAAACCAGGUGAAAUAAAAAUUGACUGAAAUUGA